UUCCAAAAAUAAGAUAAAAGAAGCUACCUAAAUGAGUCCGGCGUAGCACACUAUAAUACACUAGACACAACAACGCCGUCUCCAGCUAUGCGUCCCUAUCACGUACACGUGGCUUCAGUAUCCUUGACCGACAACACUGCUGUCACAGCAGCGAUGGCGUCAGGUGGCCUCAGUCGCGCUCGUACCGUUAUGCCCUGAUUUCGAUUCCGUGGAAAGAGUUUCGUAUCGAUUACUACUAAUCAGCGGUCCCCACCGAUUAUUACACGAAUUGUAGUCAUGUGCUCACUCAUUAUUUAUCACGCCUUGCAGGAUACCAGCAUGGUACUGCUGUAGCUCUGUCAAUUCGCGUUUCAUUCGAAUUCACACCACGUAGAGCUCAAUUGUGUCCAAGAUGCAGAGCCGGCGGCUGUUCAUGCUGCUCACCAUGGCAGCCCUGGCGCUGAAUGUAGCGCCGUGGACCGCAGCAAGUUCCGCACAUGCGAGAAGACCCAGUUCUGUAACAAGUUUCGCAACGUGCAGCGCCAGGAGUUGCCCAGCAAGUUCCGCGUGGCGCGCGCUAGCAUCGAGUCGGACGCCAAUUUAGUGCGUUUUCUGGUCGAGGACGCGGCUCACAAUGGUGGCGUUCCACUUGCUGGCUCUCUCGCCUUCGUCCUUAACGAGGAUAAGGCGACCGUGCCGGCACUCCGCGUCAGAUUGCAGGAGAAGUUCGAAGAUCCUAAAGACCCCAAGACGCGCUGGACCAGCGACGACAUUCUCGUCCCCGCAGCUGAAGAUACUCGCCCGCUGCGCCAAGUAACCGCACAGGAGGCAGGAUUCAAGGCGCCAAUUAAUGAGGAGGAAGUGCUUUUAUUCGCCCCCGAGACACAGGGAACGUCACAGGUCGUGGCCACCUUGAAGUUGGGUUCUUUUGGUGUGGAUUUGUACCUCGACGGAGAGGUGGUGAUCUCCACCAACGAUGACGGUUUGUUCCACUACGAGAUCCGACAGGACCGGGCAGAUGCCGCGGUGCAGACUGGAGCGGCGGUGGACCAAGCAGCUGUGGAUGCGCAUGAGGGCAAGACGAUUGUGGACUAUGGCGAAGAUGGACUCGCUAUCUAUGCUGACGGCACCGUACAGAAGAAGAAGGAGCACCUGGCUACUACGACGGCUACAGUCGGAGCUGAUGGAAACGUGGAAGGUUGGGAGGAGUCCUUUGGAGGGCACACGGACAAGAAGAAGUUCGGCCCGAGCUCGAUUGGACUUGAUGUAUCGUUCCACGGAUCAGCGGAAGCCCCGCGCUCAUUGUACGGCAUCCCGGAGCAUGCGACGGAUUUUGUGCUGAAGGAUACCAUUAAGUCGAGUGAUAAUGAUGAUGGAAAAAGGAAGGUGGUGACCGACCCAUACCGGUUGUAUAACCUCGAUGUGUUCGAGUACGAGCUGGACAACCCAAUGGCGCUGUAUGGCUCUAUCCCUGUGCUCGUGGCGCCGAAUAAGGUCAACACAGUUGGUAUGUUCUGGAACAACCCCACUGAAACGUUCAUCGACAUUUGGACCAACAAAGAGGCGAACAGCAAGUCCAGUCACUGGAUCAGCGAGUCGGGUGUCUUUGAUUUGUUCUUACUCGCCGGUCCUAGCAGUGCUGAUCUCUUCUCGCAGUACACACACUUGACGGGCCGCGCACAGCUACCGCCACUCUUUGCUCUGGGAUACCAUCAGAGUCGCUGGAAUUACAAGAACGAAGCAGAUGUGGCUCGUGUGAAUGCUGGUUUUGACGAGCAUUUGAUCCCAUACGACGUGCUGUGGCUGGACAUUGAUCACACGGACGGAAGACGCUAUUUUACUUGGGUCGAACAUGGCUUCCCGACGCCCAAGGACAUGCAGGAGUCCCUAGCACGUACCGGUCGCAAGACGGUGACCAUCGUCGACCCGCACAUCAAGGUGAGUCAGCCAAAGGACAAGCAGCCGUACUACAUUCACAGCGAAGCGGAGGAGCUUGGACUGUUUAUCAAAGAUGAAGAAGGUAACGAUUUCAAGGGCUGGUGCUGGCCGGGCGAGUCCUCGUAUGUUGACUUUACAUCGCCCAAAGCACGCGCGUGGUGGCGCCACCAAUUUCGCUAUGAAAACUACCAAGGAAGCACAAACCACUUGUACACUUGGAACGACAUGAACGAGCCGUCGGUCUUCAAUGGCCCCGAAGUCUCUAUGCGGAAGGGAUGUACAAGUCUUGCUGGCGUUGAGCAUCGCGAAUGGCACAACCUGUACGGCAUCCUGUUCCAGCGCACGACAAUGGAGGGCCAGCUAAUUCGCCAGCAGCCUCCCCCGGAGCCGCUCUCAGCGUUUGCAGAGGAGCUACAGCUUACGGCGGAUAUGCAGCGUCCAUUUGUGCUCUCGCGUGCAUUCUCUGCUGGCUCACAGCGUUACGGUGCGAUUUGGACGGGUGACAACACGGCGGAGUGGGGGCAUUUGCGCUACGCCACCAAAAUGCUACUGUCCAUGUCGGUUGUAGGACUUACAUUCGUGGGCGCUGACGUGGGCGGAUUCUUCGGCAGCUCGUCGACGGAGCUGCUCACGCGAUGGAACCAGGCUGCUACAUAUCAGCCGUUCGUCCGCGGCCACUCUCACCAGGACUCAGCGCGUCGUGAACCUUGGGUGUUCGGCGAGCCAACGACAUCGCGUAUCCGUGCUGCCAUUCGUGAGCGCUACGCGUUACUGCCGUACAUCUACACGCUUUUCCACACGUGUUACGCGACUGGUAUGCCCGUCAUGCGUCCGCUUUGGGCGCACUUUACACAGGAACCUCAGAGCUUCAUCGAGGAAGACCAGUAUCUUCUGGGUGAUGCACUUCUCGUAAAACCAAUUGUCGAGAAAGGCGUUGAAGCCACGCACGUGUUCCUCCCGACCGAUGGCGCCAAGGACACGACGGUGUGGUACCAGGUGACCGACGGAUACAAACGUUUCUUCGGUGGCAAGACGUACGAAAAUGUGCCGGCGCUGCUGGACACCAUCCCGGUCUUCCACCGAGGUGGCACAAUUCCAUCGCGCAAGCAGCGUGUUCGUCGCAGCUCGGAGCUGAUGCACAAUGACCCGCUGACGCUGGUGGUCGCGUUGGACCAGCACUUUGAGGCUCGUGGGGAGCUGUAUGUCGACGACGAGAGAUCGCUUGCUGCUGAGCUCGAGGGUGAGGGCACUGUGGUGUCGUUCCAGCAGACAAAGGAGGGAUUACGUUCGACGGCUACUGCUGCUACCCCGCAGGGCAAGCGCUACAGGUCGCUCAUGUGGGUGGAGCGUAUCGUGGUGUACGGCUUCCAGUCCGAAGCCAACUUGCCCAAGCAGGUACUGGUGGGCAGUGAGCGCGCGCUGGACUUCCAGUACGACGCCGUCGGUGAUCGCCUCGUGCUGCGCAAGCCGCAGGUACUUGUCACGGAUGACUGGGAAUUGCACUUCGUGUACGACCAGGCACUCGAGUAAAUCUUGACGGAGUUCACGUGACUGCUCCGAACGUAGCUCAGUCCAACGGAGAGAAAAUCGUGCACGAAGGGACUCUAGCACAGUAAUGCAAGUAUGAUGCAUGGCUUACAACAAAAACAAAAGUCAAGCUCUUAAGGACUCUGGUAAGAGGGUUUGAGAGAGCGUGUUUUGUAGUGUCUUGACAAUUAAAGUGGCUAUUACUACUACUACUACUACUACUACUACUACUACUACUACUACUACUAC